CAGGCCUAUUCCGUAUUGUUUACCGAUAUCGUAAAAAUAGUAUCGUAAAAAUACCGUCGAUAGAGUGAAGAAAUUAGUAAAUCGCAAACUAGUGGGAAGAAGAUUAAAAAGGAACCGAUAAAAAUGGCAAGCAACGCUAGAAAGAGAGUCCUGCUCGGUUGUACCGGUAGCGUAGCUACGAUUAAACUGCCACAUUUAAUAGAACGAUUACGACAAAACAAUUUGGAAGUAAGAGUAGUAGUUACGGAGAAGGCGAAGCAUUUUUUAAAAGAGGCAGACUUGCCUUCCGGGGUUCAAGUUUUAUCCGACACCGUAGAAUGGGCUGCUUGGCAAGACAGAGGCGAUCCAGUGUUGCAUAUCGACUUAGUCAAAUGGGCCGAUUUAUUCUUAAUCGCUCCGUUAGAUGCUAACACGCUCGGCAAGAUAGCUAGCGGAAUAUGCGAUAAUAUCUUGACCUGCGUGGCGCGUGCCUGGAAUCCUAAAAAGCCGUUGGUGUUUUGUCCCGCUAUGAAUACAAAAAUGUGGGAACAUCCUGUUACCGCACCGCAGAUAGCUUUACUUAAGUCCUGGGGGUAUAAGGAGGUCGGUUGCAUUUCUAAAACACUUAUGUGCGGUGAUACCGGAAUGGGUGGAAUGGCAGAGGUGGACACGAUCGUUCAGACUACGUUGAGAUUGCUUAACCCUUGGGACCCGUACUCGCCGCCGGAUCUACGUCUCUAGCAUCGGGAGAACGAAACAACAUGUUCAACGAACCGUUAUUAUCGUACAGAUUAAAUGUGAAAUAUUUUAUGGAGGAACCGAGGUAUAGAGAGUCGAUAACGUGUAAUUACAGUGAAAUUUAAAUAGUUUAUGCUGACAGUCGAGUUCAAAAGUCCAACGACAAGUUCCAACUUGUGCAAUUACGCUUCUCUGAAUACACUGUGGCCACAGCAUUUUGUUGCUCAAUCGAGAUGUUUUUUGGAAUAUCUGCACCAAAGGAAGAGUAGGUAAAGCAGAAUCUGUUCGUCGAAGCGGAAUGUAAAAAUUGUAAAGAGAUUCUGUUCACAUAUCGUUUCGAGUCGAGGAAUGAAAUAAAAGUAUGUACAUGUUUUUGUUAAAUAUAUGAGUUAAAUAAUA